AACUCCUGUCCUGAUAUCACUCCGCUGGCAUGGUGGAGAAGCGGACCUGAUUAUUGUGAUGGUGGCAGGCGGCAGCCACUGACUACAGACUUCCGCCACUGCUUCCCAUAUCCGCGUUUUGCGCCGUCUGGACGACUCUCUUUGCCUCACAACCGGACUACCGAGGGCGCUUGUGCUCUUUAGUCUAACUCAACAACAUCUUCACCGGAUUUCUUUUAAACCAAAACCAUAUGAGAUGCAAGUUCACAGAGAAACUCCGGAGCCUGUUCGGUUCACGCAGCAAAACUUUUUCUCAAAGGACAACGCUGUUACACGGAGAGUGGACUGUUGCUGCUCCGCGGGACGGUCUGUGUGUGUAUUACCGUGGAGUGCCUGCUAACCUUCAUACCUUCACGAUAUUGUUGUUUUCCCCUCAGCGGAGUUGCUGUUUGCAGCGUGGCAGCGGUUGUAUUGUUGAAUUCAGUUCGGGGCUUGCUCUUGUCUCACCCGGGCUGGGUUUAUUUGUGUUUUGUGGAGCAGUUUGUUUGGAAACAGUGUGCAAGAGGGAAGAAUAAGCGGUCACUCGCCAGUCCGUAACCAUAUGACUGUAAGGCUCGCAGCCCUUUAAACCUCCCUGGUGUUUGCUCGUAACCUCAGUCCCCUGCCCGGCUGCUUUGUACCCUUCACCGGGGAGGACAGAGACGCAGAGGACACUAGGUGGUGGAGGUGGAGGGAGGUGGCCGGAGGAGGAGGAGGUGGUGGCGGUGGCUGUGGGCUUGACGGGGAGAAAAGUUCUUCCAAAAUAGCAGCCACUCGGCCCAGUGAUGGGGGACUUCGCCUCCCCCGCUGCCGGACCCAACGGCGGUAUCUGCAUCAACAACAGCAUGAACCCGGCCGCCGGGAGCGUGGUGCCCGCCGGAGCGGUGGGCAUACCUAAGCACAGCACGGUGGUGGAGAGGCUGAGGCAGCGGAUAGAGGGCUGCCGGAGACACCACGUAAACUGCGAGAACAGGUACCAGCAAGCCCACGCCGAGCAGCUGGAGAUAGAGCGGAGGGAGACGGUCAGUCUCUAUCAGCGGAGUCUGGAGCAAAGGGCCAAGAAGUCGACCGGCGGCAGUGGCAGCAGCAAGCAGCCACAGAGUAAGCAGCCGGACCCGGACUCUGCCUCCUCCACGGAACAGAGGAAUAACACGCUUAUAGCGCUCCAGGAGACUGUAAAGAGAAAACUGGACAGUGCUCGCUCGCCCCUCAAUGGAGAGCAGAACGGCAUCUGUGACGGAGGCAGCUACUCACCGACCACCAAAAGGGUACGGAAGGAGGGCUCCGGUGGUUUGGACUCACUCACAGGUCUGCCUAACAAUAACAACAAUGUACCACCCAUCUCUCCACUGCAUCACCAAAUGGACAUUAAGCCCAUUCUUGGUGGGCCCAACACUUCUAGUGGGAACAAUACUACAAACAGCAAUGGCAACCACAUAGGCCAGACAACAGAUGAACUAGGGAAGAACGGGGGCAGUCAUCUACCAGACGUGAAGCUGAAUGGCUCACUGGAUCUGGAGGACAGCUUCAGCCUCCUAAAAGACCUUAAACAGGAGCCACUGGAUGACGGAGGUGGGAUGGAGUCCUCUGAUCCCCAGUCUCUGUCCAAUCAGAAUAAACUGUUCUCUGACAUCAACCUCAAUGACCAGGAGUGGCAGGAGCUGAUCGAUGAGCUGGCCAACACUGUGCCAGAGGACGACAUGCACGACCUCUUCAAUGAGGACUUUGAGGAUAAGAAAGAGGCUGAGUUUGGCAGGCCGGCAAACAAUCAAACACCAGGCCCACAAGAAACAGCCGGGAACACGACAGCGCCUGGAGGGGGGGCACCGCCAGCAGCAGCCCUGCCUCCCCCUCCUCAGCCUCCACAGGCAGGCCCACAGGUCCCCAUGGGCUCACCACAGGUCCGACCAUCGUCUUCAGGCCCCCAGUUUGCAACCACUGCCAACGGGACGCCUCCUCAGCAACCUUUGCAGCAGUCUCCAGCCGUUGCCAUGGCAUCGGGCUCCCCAUUACACAAUUGCGUGGCUCGCUCCCCUCAGACCCCGACCCAGGCUCAGACACAAGCAGUCUCUAGACCUGGGAAUGGGUACAUGAUGAACCCAGGCCCGGGGGUCAGUCAGGCAGGCACGGGGCCAGGAGCAGCAGGGGUUGCCCCAGGAGGUCAGCCUGUGGGUCCAGUGACGCCUGAACUUUCCCCUGCAGAGCAGCUAAAAGCAAUGGCUCAGCAACGUGCUAAACUUCUGCAGCAGAAGCAACAGCAGCAACAGGCAGCAAACUGGUCCCCUGCUGGCGCUCCAACAAGUCCUUAUAACUCUGGUCCCUUUAACCAAGACAAACCCAACAGCCCCAUGAUGUACCCACCGCAAGCCUUUAACACACCACAGGGUCCUCUGGUGGCUGGGAUGCCCCCCAACAAUGGGCCCAAAGCCCCCAUGAACAACUACCUCCCUCACAACCACAUGGGCAUGAUGGGCCAGCAACAGCCAAACAGCAUCAACCAGAACACCCUGUCAAAACAGCAGCAGCAGCAGCAAACAGCAGCCAUGUUGUCCUACAACAACACCAAACCCCUGAGCCACUUCAGCGGCAGUGGGGUUGAUCACUUAGGCCAGAGAAUGACUCCACCUAUGGGAGGGAACAAUCAAGUCAAGAACCCCAUGAUGCCUCCCUACAUGGGUGGUGGCGGAGGUGGUGGCCAGGGUGCAGGGCCCGGGCAGACCCAGGGUCCAAUCCCAGGACAGACAGCCCACCUGAGUGAAGAGCAGAAGAGGAUGUUGCUAAUGAAGCAGAAAGUGCUGAACCAAAACAUGCCCUACAGCGCCAUGCAGCCUCAUGGACAGGAACAAGGUGUGGUGGGAAUGUCACGACCGCCUGGCGCCAUCCCACCUCCUCACCCCGCUGGUGGCGUUGCCGCAGGGGUGGGACCCAACCAAGGGUCAGGUCCACCUCCAGGCUACGUGGGUAACCCGCAGCAGGCGGCCAUGAUGAAACAGAUGAUUGCAAUGGAGCAGGAGAAAAGGGUACAGAUGCACAUGAUGGAGCAGCAGAAACAACAGCUCUUCAGAGAGCAGAGACAACAGCAGCAACAGCAACUACUGGCCGAACAGCUCCAACAGCAGCAGCAUCUCCCAAGACAGAUGGGCCAGGGCCAAAGGAAUCCAUACCCCCAAGUCAAUCAGUACCAAGGUCCUCCUCAGGAUCUCGCAUCCAGAAGCCAGGCUCUCCAGAACAUUCGGGCUGUUCGUCUGCUGCAACAACAGCAGCAAAGCCAGCAGCAGAUGGUCCAGAUGAGUUCUGUUCAGGGCCAGGGGGGCUCAGUGGGACCCCAGAAUGACAUGGGCUUACCCUACGGCAACCAAGGGUCCAACCAGGGUUCCCUGUACGGACUCAAUCCCUCCAUGAGCCAAAUGAUCCACCAGCAGCAGCAGCACCAGAGCCAAAGUGUCCAAGCCUCCAUGGGACUUCCACCGCAGCACAACUCCACCGGAGGUCCUCCGCGGCAGGCAGGUGCAGGUCCCGGGGUUGGAGGUAUGCCCGGAGGUCCUGGAGGUGGUGGAGCAGGAGGGUAUGGAGGGCAGGGGAUGUUAAUGAAUUCCUUGAGCCAGCAACCACUCAAAGGCCCUCCCAACGCCAAAGCUCAAGCACAGAGACUGCAAAGCAUGCUGGGAGCAGGAGGAGGAGGGGGAAUGGCUGCAGGUGGAUGGCCGCAGCAGCAAGGACAAACUCUGCAGGCUAUGGGGGGAGGAGUCGGAAGGACUACAGGAGGAGGGGGAGGAGACAUGGUGGGUUUCAGCUCUACCCAGGGAUAUGGGAUGCAACCUGGUCAACCCUCACGCAUGACCAAGCAACAUUUUCAGGGCCCAGGCCCGGGGAUAAGCCAGGGAAUGGACCCCAGAGUGGGCAACCCAGCAGCCAGCAUGGGCGGCCCAAUGAUGGGCCCUCAUAUGGGCGGUCAGCCCAGGACCAACCAGCCGAGGCCCAUGGUCAUGAACCAGGGGAUGAACCAAGGGGUGAUGGGCCAGGGCAUGAGUGGGAUGGGAGGGUUUGGGCCAGGCCCUGGUGGGCCAGGAUUAGGGGCAGGGGGAGGAGGAGGUGGACCUUACGGACCAGGGGGAGUUGGGGUUGGAGGUCAGCCUCCUGGCUACCAAAGGACAGCCAAUCAGGACAUGUCAUCCUAUGGUUACGGAGGUGGGCCCUCAGGGGGAGGUGCCUUUGGAUUAGGUGAUGGCGCUGGGGCAGAGCUGGACUCAAGCGACGGUUGGAUGGAGGAGUUUUUCCCAAACCAAUAGCCAUCAGUGAAACUGGAGAAGACUUUUUACUGGAUGAACUAAAACAAAUUUUGAAACCUGAAAACACAAAACAAAAAGAAUGACAAGAUUUGGAAUGGCAUGUUUUUACAUGAGCAAGAUUAUAAAUGAGUUGUAGUGUCAUGUUUUUGUGUGUGAAUGUGAGCGAGAGAAUGUGAGAUGGAAGGAGCAAUCAUAAUGUCACGUGCAUAUUGACAAAAAAACAAUAUAGAGAUUAAGAGGUGUGUUUCAUUCGUUUACUUUUCUCCACUGAAAGAAUUGUUCUCAUGUUCAAGUGUUUGAAAGCGAGCCCCGUUUACACAGCAGCGCUUUGAGCCCAAGCUUUAGCAGGGGCUGACUGAACACCGCAGACUGAUGAAGGGGGAGGAAAACUUGUUCUCAAGACAGUAAUUUAUUUGUGUUUGUGUGUUUGUGCCACCCAGCUCAGUGCUUCAGAUCUCUCAACUAUGUGAGGAGCUGAGGGGAGAAGAAAGCACUCUCAGCGCUCCCAUUUCCUUCCUCAGAUUUGUGCCCCCCAUAUACACACACAGCAACAUACACACAAAACUGUCUCCCUCACACUCUCUUGCUUUGUUCUCUUCACUUUUUAUCUUUCUCUUUCCCUCUUCAUCUCUCUCAUCCUUCCUCUCAUUUUUUCUAUCACUCUGUCUGUCUCUCUCUCCUUCUUCUUCUUCUUCUUCUGCUUUCUCUCUUAUCCUCCAUUUCUUUCCCCUCGUGUCUUUCCCAUCAUCUCUCCAGAGGCUUGUUCCUCACUCUCAACACUCCUUUCUCUGCUGCAAAAUUUUGAACAUGUCAACACAAUUACUGAUAUCCCUCUGUCGUGCUACACAAGCGUACUCUGCCCUCUAGUGCCAUUCCUGGGGAACAACCUGAGUGAUGUUUGUUGGGGAUCUCCAUUUACUGUGAGUAGCUGUUGGAUGUCAAGAGUGCGUGAAGAGGAGGACAAAAGAGAUUUAAAUGAAUAGAAGAGAGAAAGAAUAGGCAGCUAACGCAAGCACUUGGACUCAAAAGCUCACACAAAUACACACAGAUGUAAAACCAACAAACAGACAAACAAGCGUCACCCUGGGAGGAUAAGCCGAUGUGUGAGUGGCAGCUAAACAAGCUAAUAUUACAUUAAACCUUCUGCCUGUGUGACACAAACCACAUCACAGGCUUCAGGCUAUUAAAAGGCAAAGCGAUCGCUGGGCACUGAAUGUAUUCAAGCACCACAAGUGACUUCUUCUUUCAGGGGAAAAAGCUCAUUGAAAGCCCUUCCCCAUUGUUUUGUUUGUUGCUGUGUUUUCUGGCUUACAAAGAUGCUGGUUGUGUCUGUUGAUUAAAAGGAAAAAACUCAUUAAAUUAGCCUUUUUUACUUUGUGUUGUCUUUUGAAAACCUGUUUGUCCUCCUGUUGCAGCACAGCCUUCCCUUCCAUUGUGACGCAGUUAGUUGUUGGUCACCAUAGCCCUGCUUUAUGUUGUGGCUUUUCUUGUACAGCAGCUAUUAAACGCCCUCGCUCCAAACUAGAACGUAACUGUGCUAUACUGUAACACUACUGUGAAGAAAUAUGGCUUGUGCCCUUCCAGCGCUUUACAAGGAAACAGAACCACUGCUAAAGCCUUGAGUUUGAUUAAUAGUCAGAAACUUCAUAAACAACUGUUUAGGCUUAAAGGGUAGCAACUUUUGGCACCAGUUAGCAUUAAAUCAAUCAGUGCUUCCUCUGGAGUCUGUCUUUCCCCUCUUCUCUGAGCUUACUUUAGUAAACUGUAUAGGCGUUACUCCAGGCCUUAUGGCUCGCCAUCAUCAAGCUGAUCACUCAUCUGCCCCUAAUGGUUGAGUAAUAAAUAUCUGUGGGAUAGUUUUUUUUAAUACAGUAGUUGCUGGUAAGAUUACACCUUACUUCUCUAAAAGUUUCUUAAUCUUGGUUUAGAAAUGAAUGGGAGUGUGUUUGUUUGUGCAUUACUUUGUAUUAAGCUCAUCAGAGUGAAAGUUUGGAGGAUGAUGCUGUAAUCAACAAACCAAAAAGCCUUCUUCUGUGUAAACUAACUCUUUGCCAUCAACGCAUUUGUUCUCCUGGUUGUUGAUGUUGUAUAAUCCAGCCCUUUAAACUUAAAUCUCCCGCCUUUCAUCCUGUAAGCGUUUCCGCGUUCAGUAGCACCCCCAUGUGAGGUUCUGUACUUUGAUUUUUGUCAUGUUUGGGGAGUGGAAGUCCUCCGUUUCACUGCAGACAGAUGUUUUAGGAUGUAGAGGCCCCUCGUUUUACCUGACCUGCACUAGGUCAGGUGAAUAAGAAACCUGUGUCAGUGUCGAGGCUAACUCUUGGAUUUGUUUGAGCCUUCCUUGUGCAGGAAAUGUAGUAGAGCUCUUACUGCUUCAAUGGCUCCGCUGCUCAUGCUUCCAAAACUUUGAUACAUGCUCCAGUAGCCUACUCCAGGCAGGCUCAAAUCAAACUCAGAGUCCCAGGCCAGUGAAACAGAGGAUGUGUGUUGUAAAACACCUAAGGUUUACCACUCCAGGCUGGAGGCAGGAAGGUAGAGAAACACCUCUGGGUCAGUGUUAAGGUCACAGCCUUUAUGACCUUUUUGUCUUCUUUAAAGUAAGGGUUCAUGAAAUGGUAUGAAAUCCCUUCAGGAAGAGAAAGGAAGCUUCCUCCAAAUAUUAUUAUGUACCGGGACCAAGUCUGUAGACAACAUUUUAACAAAACUGUUGUUGUUGUUCUUUGUUUUAUUUUAUUUGUUGUUUUUUUUACUGGUGCUGACAUAUAUGUGAUUAUGAGAAAAAGUAUAUAAAAGAUAAUUGCUAUUUGUAAAUAUGUUUUUACAGGUUUAAAUACAUCAGAUAAUACAGUCUCUACUCUGUAAAGAAUUUACUGUUUGUUGGAAAAUAGAGAAGUAUUUUUAUUUUGAAGUUUUUUUUAUUUCACGUUUAACCCAUCUGAGCUAUGCCAUUGCACUUCAGACAAUGUCUUACUACUAAUUUGUAUUGUAAACCUCUCUUUUGGGAUUUUUUUUCAUUUGUUUUUUCUAGUUUGAGAUUUGACUCUGUUCUUAAGCAGUGCUUAUUUCUUUUUAUCCUGUACAGAAUUCUGAAAUGUUAACAAAAGAGAACUCCAAAAGACUUUUUUUUUCUUUGUUUUUCCAAAAAGAUACAAUAAAGAGAGAAUGUUCUCGCUGAUCAUAUUAAA